UUCCCGCCGGCCAAUGGCGGCGAGGGAACCGUGCCGACCACGUGGGGCGCAGGCCGCGAGUAGUACGGGGGCGCGCGGCCGCCGGCUCCCUGCCCCCUCCCUUCCGGCGCGGCGGGGCCGCGCGGCCCCGGGGCGGGCGGGAUCGGCCGCGUUGCCGGGUUACCCGCUGACUGAUCGGCCCCUCGGCCAAUGGCGGCGGGGCGGGGGCGGGCGCGGCGGCAGCUGCGGGCCGGCGGCGGCCGGGAGGGCUCAGUCGGGCCGUGGCCGCCUCCGCAGCAUGGCGGGUCCUGCUGCUCUCCCGGCUACCGCCGGCCUCCUCUACUGGUUGGGCGCACUGGGCGCUCUCUACGCGGCGGCGGUGGUCACCUACCGCCUGCUGGCCGGCUUCCGUCUCUGGGUGCUGGGCAGCGGCGCCGCCGCCGUCGGGCCGGCGCUGGGCGCCUGGGCAGUGGUCACAGGAGCUACUGAUGGGAUUGGAAAAGCCUAUGCAGAAGAGUUAGCAAGACGUGGAAUGAAAGUGGCUCUGAUCAGUAGGUCAAAAGAAAAACUGGACCAGGUUGCUAGUGAAAUACAGGAGAAGUACAAAGUGGAAACAAAAGCCAUUGUGGCAGACUUUGGAGAGAGAGAAGAUAUUUACAGCAGAAUCAAAGUGGGAUUGGAAGGCCUGGAAAUUGGUGUUUUAGUCAACAACGUGGGAAUUUCAUAUGUUUAUCCUGAAUAUUUUCUUGAUGUUCCAGACCUGGAUAAAACAAUCGACAAAAUGAUCAAUAUAAACAUCAUGGCUAUUUGUAAGAUGACACGAUUGGUGCUGCCCGGCAUGCUGGAAAGAUCAAAAGGAGUAAUCCUGAAUAUCUCCUCAGCUGCUGGGAUGUAUCCAACUCCACUGCUGACUCUUUACGCCGCAACCAAGGCUUUUGUGGAUUACUUCUCCCGAGGCCUCCAUGCAGAAUACAAGAGCAAGGGCAUCAUUGUGCAGAGUGUUCUACCGUAUUAUGUGGCAACAAAAAUGUCCAAAAUCCGCAAGCCGACCUUCGAUAAGCCCAGUCCUGAAACGUACGUCAAAGCUGCCUUAGGCACAGUAGGUCUGCAGUCCCAGACCAAUGGGUGCCUACCCCAUGCACUCAUGGGAUGGAUCUUCUCUCUUCUACCUACACCUGCUGUCAUUAAUAUAGUCAUGAAAACAAACAAACAAAUACGAGCUCGUUAUUUGAAAAAAAUGAAGGAGAAGUAAGUUGGAGGCAACUUCAACUUGGAAGCCUGGGAUUCCUGCAGGUUCCAUACCCACACUGCAACGCAAAGUAGACCUAAUGUUUCAAACAUCUUCAGUUGUAGGUGUACUUUCUAACAAAACUGUCUUGUUUUGAGGAUAUGGGUGAAAAAAGACUGUUGACUUCUAAUAUGGAUUUAAAAAUAGGCUUUAUUUGUUUAGAUAUUACGAGGGGGAAAGUGCUUUGGACUAAAAUUGCACUGUGCUUUAAGAAAUACUUACAUGAACUUGAUCAGGCAGUGCGCUGUUGAGGAACAGCUUGGUUAUGUAGUGUCCGUCUAUGUAUUGUGUGUGUGGGUGACAGGCAUAAAAAUAGUAGUUCUUACAUAUUCCUGGACAGGUCGGGAGGAGUGGGAAGGGUGGGUGUGUGUAUUUAAAAAGGUAACCUGACACUAUUGACAGAGUAUAACUUUUUACUAGCUCAGGUUUAGGGUACUUGCAAGGACUUUGCAUUGUCAGCCAGCUCAUGAGCAGUCCUCUGGUUACACUGUCCAGUGUGAUUUCUUUGGUUUUGGCCCUGAAGGAAAUGGGCAAAAAACCAAAUGAGUGUAAUUUCUCACCUAUAAAUAUAUACAUAAAAUAACAUUGCAAAAAGUAUUUAAAUUCAUGGUUCUUGAAUAUGGAUUCUAACUUUUCAGUAAUAUGUAAUCUUUAUAAUUUGUAAUAACAUUUUUGAAAGUUCAAUGCCUGCUCUUUGUAAUAGAUGGUGAUAACACAAUGUAGAUAAAUGUCACAAAUGGUGUUACGUGCCGGUUGCUAUGUAAAAGAUUAUGGGCACUUCAAAUGCAGAGCUUGAAAUGAGUUACUCUCCUUGUUAGCAUUGAUGCUUAAACUUUUUUUUGAAGUAUGUAUCAGUCUGUCUUUUUGGUCAGGCCCUUUGAAAUGUGAAUCCUGAAUAUUUGAGACAGCUUUAAAAAUGAGAACCAGUAAGCUUCUUUAAAUGUAGAACAUUUUUAAUUUAAUUGUGUUUAAAUUAACCGAUUUGUUUCAUGGUUCUAUUCCAAAACGGAAUGCUGCAGUGAGGAUGAAAUUACCCAACUCUGGGAGGUAGGGAUCAGAGUACAUGAGAAGACUGUACUGCUGUUUUCUGUAUUUACCUACUCUUCAAAUAAAGAUUUUGGUCUCUAACAUUCCUUUUUAUAAACAUAAAAUGUACUGAAACUUAGAAGGCAAACCAAAUUGAAAGCAGCUACCAAUGUUUUCUGGGGUAACUUCCUGUGGUUCAAGAGUGGAGGUUGUUUUCUGUCCUUGAAAGAAUAAUUUCAAGCUCUGAUUUUGAAGUAAAAUAUGUUGUACUGAGACGUGAUUUGGGGCUAACAUUUCUGUACAUUGAAAAACCCUGAAUACCGAUGCAAUGGUGCUGAUCAUAUGAGAUGCAGAUCCUAUCCCAUAGUAUUCUUAAUUUUUUGGAACAGGGACGGUGAAGUCAGUGGUAUUAGUUCUCUAAGAGCACAUGACUUGGUUUGCUCUGGAUCUGAUGUGGAAGCAUUGGACUAAACGGUCUGUAUGUUUUUGACUUUGUAAAACAAAUAAAAUCGAAUUUACUCUGAA